CGCGCCGCGAGGUAGCGCACGGCCGGCGGGAUGAAGGGCUACCUGGACCAGCAGGUGCCGUUCACGUUCCCGCAGCCGCCGGGCCACGCGGCUACCGGGCGUCGAGCUCAGACGGGAGCUCGGAGGAGACCCGCGGCCCCGGGCCUGGCGCCGGCGCAGGACUCGGAAGACCUCUUCCAGGAUCUGAGCCAGUUCCAGGAGACUUGGCUGACGGAAGCUCAGGUUCCAGACAGCGAUGAGCAAUUUGUGCCUGACUUUCAUUCAGAGAACUUAGCUUUCCACAGUCCUCCUGCUAACGUCAAGAAGGAGCCCCAGAGUCCCUCCUUGGACCCCACAUUGUCCUGCAGCCAUAAGCAGCCUUUCCAGUACCGCAAUGGCGAGCAGUGCCUUUACACCAGUGCCUAUGAUCACACCAGACAAGUUGGAAUCAAGUCUCCCAACCCAGGAACCCUGCUACAGUCACCGCUCCAACACUUCCCUAGACAGGACAGGAGCUUCCUGAACCCUGCGGGGCCACCUCAAUCCACCUCCAGCUGUGGAUACCUCAUGGAAAACAGCCCUGCCUACCAGCCGGCCGUGGAGAUGUGCCGCUCCUUCCCCUCAACGCCGGCCAUGGCCCAAGACGCUGCCUACCCGCGCCAGGCGCCCGAGCCCUGCCUCCAGUACCCACCUCAGGGCUUCAAGCAGGAGUACCACGAUCCCCGGUACGAGCAGGCGAGCCAGGAGGGUGGCAACCAUCAGUAUCCGGCCGUGGUGGUCAAGCAGGAGCAGGCCGACUACACGUACGACUCAGAUGAUCCCGGCUGUCCAUCCAUACACAUGAGUGUUGAGGGUUAUCCAGGCCAUUCAAAUACUGAAGGCUCACUAGGCUACAGCUAUGACAAGCAGAUGAGGUCCUUUGCUGAUGAUGUCUGUGUUGUUCCAGAAAAAUUCGAAGGAGACAUCAAGCAGGAAGUUGGAGGAUACCGUGAAGGACCACCAUACCAUCGACGGGGCUCACUUCAACUCUGGCAAUUCCUUGUGGCUUUAUUGGAUGAUCCAACAAAUUCCCACUUCAUUGCCUGGACUGGCAGAGGGAUGGAGUUCAAGCUCAUUGAGCCGGAAGAGGUAGCCAGGCUGUGGGGCAUCCAAAAGAACCGUCCAGCCAUGAACUAUGACAAGUUGAGUCGGUCUCUUCGCUACUAUUAUGAGAAGGGCAUCAUGCAGAAGGUAGCUGGUGAGCGCUACGUGUACAAGUUUGUGUGCGAGCCCGAAGCCCUCUUCUCCCUGGCCUUCCCCGACAAUCAGCGGCCGACCCUGAAGGCAGACUUUGACCGGCAGAUCAGCGAGGAGGACACCGUGCCUCUUUCUCACCUGGACGAGAACGUGCCUUACCUGCCGGACCUUGGGAGUCUUCCCCCGCAGCUUUACAGCAAAGGCUAUGCCUAUUAG